AUGGCUGGUUACUACCGAGUUUGCCGGCUGGCUGGGUGAUGCCCUCCUCUCUCUCCCCAGGUUGAUAGCAGAGCUGAGUCAAUUGACAAGAAAAUUGCUAGGCUUGAUGCAGAACUAGUGAAGUAUAAGGAUCAAAUGAAGAAGAUGAGAGAGGGGCCUGCAAAGAAUACAGUAAAGCAGAAAGCUUUGAGAGUGUUAAAGCAGAAGCGGAUGUAUGAACAACAGAGGGAUAAUCUGUCACAGCAGUCUUUUAAUAUGGAACAAGCUAAUUACACUAUUCAGGCACUAAAGGAUACAAAGACAACGGUGGAUGCAAUGAAACUGGGAGUGAAAGAAAUGAAGAAAGCUUACAAGCAAGUAAAAAUUGAUCAAAUUGAGGACAUACAAGAUCAGCUAGAGGACAUGAUGGAAGACGCUAAUGAAGUCCAGGAGGCACUGAGUCGUAGCUAUGGAACGCCAGAGAUUGAUGAAGAUGACUUGGAAGCAGAACUGGAUGCAUUGGGUGAUGAGCUUUUAGCUGAUGAAGACAAUUCCUACUUAGAUGAAGCUGCAUCUGCUCCAGCCAUCCCAGAGGUCACUCCUACUGACACGAAAAACAAAGAUGGUGUGUUGGUGGAUGAAUUUGGAUUGCCAAAGAUCCCUGCAACAUAAAGGUUUCAAAAGCACAAUGGAUAUAAUGAACUUUACAAAUCAAAUUAAGAUUUAUUUUUUUUUUUAAAUCCUGGAGAACUUGUCCUUCCAGUGUAACCUUAAUAUCACUACAUCCUAGAACGCAAUAUGAAUGGCUGUUGGUGUUCUUUCUUUGAAGAAAGUUGUUCUACUACUGACUUUUCUAUUAAUGGAAAAUUUGGCACAAUUUUUUCCCUUCAGUGGAAGCAGUCAGUCUGAUAGGUUUUGAUUUCUGUGUCUUAUGGACGAAAUAAAUACGUGAAGAGUAGUGGUGGCUGUCGAUAGCUGAGGUUUAUUUUGACUUUGUAUUGUUUCUCUUUCUUAAAGCUAAGACUGUAUGUUGCUGCUUACUCUCUGUAAAAUAGCUCCCUUAUUACUAUGCUUAUUUGAUAAAAGAAUCAAAAACGAUUUUUAAACUACUGCAGUCUUGGGACUUUUAUGCUAUCGUACUUGUAACCUUCUUGGAAGCUGUAACCAAUAGGGUUGUCGUUAACUUGAUGUAUUCUACGGAGAGAUAAAACCAUGUAGAUUAGC